AUGCUGGUCUCGACGAGUUCGAUGUUGUACUCGGUGCAGUCGCGCUUCAUCUUCACCCGCGCGGCGGAGCGGGAGAAGGAGGAGCGCGAGGACAUGUUCUACCUCUCCGUCGAUGACGGCGGCGGCAAUAACUUGUCCUCCUCCGAUUCAUCAUCAUCUUCCUCAUCUUCGGACGGCCUCUCCUCGUCCGGCUCGUCGGACGGGUCCUCCGACGAGUGGGGCGACCCCGACCCGACGUGGGUGGUGGACGAAAACGAAGAGGCCAUGAAGCGCGAGUGGCGCGAACGCGAGAAGCAGAAGGAGAUGCUGCGCAAGCGGGCCGAGAUCAAGAAGCGGCUCAAGGCCGAGCGCGAGCGACGCGCCAACGCCCUCGGCGCGCUCAACGCCUACCACCGCAAGCACCACCACCACGACGGCCCGGCUGCCACUACUGGGGCAACCAGUGGUGGUGGUGGUGGUGGGAUGAGUGUGGUGUGGGACGGCGAGGUGGGCGACGAGGACCAUCGCGAGGAGGACAUGCACGACCGGAAGCGUGACUCGCUGGCCCUCGGCCGCGCGCGGGCCUCGUCGCUCUCGUCGGACGGAUCCGGGUCGGUGCUGCUCCUCCCCGGAGGCCUGCCGCAGUCGGGUCUGUUCGGCCUCAAGUCUUCGGCCUCGCUGGUGCGCAAGCAGCCCUUGGCCACCGGCAGCGGCAGCGGCAAUGCGACGACGACGUCAUCUUCGCCGCCGGUGCCCCGCCGCGGCCCGGCGGCCUCGUCGAGCUUGGAGGCUCCGCGCCUGGGGAAGGCCCGCGCGCUUGCCGCCUCCCCGCUGGCCGCGUCCCAGAGUGUCUGGCGACCGCAGCCGGUGUUCGCACCUGCGACUGCAGCCGGCUCGCUAUCGACGUCGCCGCGCAUGGUGGUGUCGCCUGAGUCGUCUCCCUCGUCGUCGACUUCGACAUCUCCCUCGCCCUCGCCUCGGAAAGCGACCACCAGCAGCAAGCACGGGUCGCGACGCCGCCACUCGCGAUCGAUGAACAGCACCACCACGGCGGCGGCAGCCAACGAGCCAUCACCGUCGUCGGGCCAGCGUGGAGCGGAGGCCUUCGAGCGGCCGCGGGCCUACUCGGCCGGACCGCAGCUGCCGCCGUCGAGGGACAAGCCCAAGCGGAAGGGGAAGAAGGAGCGCAAGGACAAGACGGAGAAGAAGGAAAAGAAAGAGAAGAAGAAAGAGAAGAAAGAAAAGAAGGAGGUCAAGAGGGAGAAGAGCAGUGCGGGCAAGCGGAACAGUAAGGGCGCGCGACUGGUGCGGGCGCUGUCGGGCGGGAAGCUGACACGGACGGGCGGCAGCACCGAUCACGACCGGAUCAAGCGGGAGAGCUUCACUGGCGUGAACCCGGCGCUGCUCAGCGACUCGGCCGCCCAGGACAACCCCUACAUCGCUGAAUACCGCCGCGAGCGCAACACGCCUCGGGGCGGAUGGCCCGCCACACCCACGACUACCUCCCAGGCCCACGAAGCAGUCGACAACGGGGCGGAGAACGAAGACGAUGAAAAGAACGAAUGCGCCGCUACAGCCGAAAAGAACGAAGCGACGCGAGGAGCGGCGAUUGUUAGGGAAGCGGAGGAGGAAGUGGUGGAGAAGAAGAGGCGUGGGACAGACUCGCCGCGUAAUGGAGGAAGUGGCCGGCGGCAGAAGACGAACGGCAGCAGCUCGAGCGCGGCGAGCCACUCGUCGGGGAGCGGAGUGGCCCUGGCUCCGCGGCGCGGGGUGACGUCGACGAGCACCGACAGCACGACUAGAUCGGUCAAACCGGCCAUUCCGGUGCUCUCCCUGGGCACCAUGUCCGCCGUGCGGGUCGAGCCGCACCCGCACCAGGCCGAUGCCGAGGCCGAGGCCGACACGCUGGGGAGUGAGGGCAGCAGCAGCAACGCCGGGAGCGGGAUCGGCUCGCGGCUGGGCGCCAUCACGCCGCGCAUGGUCGAGGGCUUCCGCAGCAUCGUCAAGAAGCUGGGCAAGAACACAACCGACGACCGGAUCGACCGACCUGCGGGAGAGGAGACGGCCUACGGUGAUGACGGAGAGGAGAGCGAGGAGCCGCUCUCCUACAGCGGGAGCGGGAGCGGGAGCGACAGCAGCGAGUCGGAGGAGGUCAGGCAGAGGCGGCGCAUGCGCAAGCGGAAGCUGGAGAAGAAGCGCUCCAUGUCCGAGCGUAGCCUCCACCGCUCCCGGUCGCUCUCGCCCACGCGCCGGACGCGCGACCUGCUCGUGGGCGAUCCGCAGCCCGCG